GCUUAUCUGGAAAAAGGAAUCUCCGAAUCGCGCCGGCCGGCGAGCCUCUUCCUCUUCCUCCGGUCUUUCCCCUUCACAUCGCAUCGAUUUUCUGGUUGUGUUUGGGAGGGCCUUCGGGAGAUCUGGGACGCGGCAACCCAUCUCCGGCGCCAUGGGGUUCCUCGAAGACUUCCAAGCCAGUGUUGAAUCGUUGCCAUCUAUGCUGCACCGGAACUAUUCAUUAAUGAGAGAGUUAGAUAAAAGUUUGCAAGGUGUGCAACUAGAAAAUGAACAGCGCUGUCAGCAAGAAAUAGAGGACAUUAAGCAUGGACUCGAAUCUGGAAGUAUCACCUAUGACCCAGCAAAACUGAAAUUUUCGGAAGAAGCAAUCGAGGAGCAGAAACAUUGUGUUAGAAUUGCUGACGAGAAGGUGGCUUUAGCCACUCAGACUUAUGAUCUGGUUGAUGCUCAUAUCCAACAGCUAGAUCAAUUUUUGAGGAAGCUUGAAGAAAUUCGACAGGAAAAGGAGGCAGCAGCAGCUGUUGCUGCAGGCACUGCUGUUGUUGUUGCUGCUGCUGCUGCUACUACUCCAGCUGCAAGUGCCGGAGCGUCAACUGCUGAUGCUACUCCAAAAACUGGAAGAUCUGGCGAAAGAGGCAGAGGGGGGCGUAAGAAGGCUAAGGUACCCACUGAGCCACCAGCACCGGCAAUUGAUUUAGAAUUGCCUGUGGAUCCUAAUGAACCAACAUACUGCUUCUGCAACCAAGUCAGCUAUGGUGAGAUGGUCGCAUGCGACAAUCCUAAUUGCAAGAUCGAGUGGUAUCACAUUGGCUGUGUGGGGGUGAAGGAGCUGCCCAAGGGAAAGUGGUAUUGUCCAAGUUGUGUUGGAUUCCAGAAGAAGCGAAAAGGCAAAUGAUACUCCAUCCUCAUGCUGCUCUGCUAGUGUGUAGGCCUUGGUUGUUGAACGUUGUUGAUGUUGGGUAACAAAUGUUGUUGCUCUUAGUUGUGACAGUGCAUACCGUUGUAGAUUCAGUGAUCUGUACAUGUUACUCCUAUGGUGUCGAGGAGUGCCCUAGACCUGCUAGAGUUAGGACCAUGCAAUGUAGGUGUGUAACUUCAUUGCCUUUUGGCGAUUGGAUAGUCUGGGACGGUUUUCACUCUUGCCCUUGCAGUGUAUGGGUUUCAAUCAUGGUGUACUGCGGAAAGGGUGAAUUCUGGUGUACUGCGGAUUAAUGGUUUUAUUUGUGAUGGCUGUCUGCCAUCCAGGUUGAACAUACCAUUCCAUUGAAUUUCCGCGGGCUGUUGUGAACA